UGCACCAAACAGUUGAUAUCCUCCAAGGAGCUGUUUCCCACAUCUAUAAUGAAGAAGAGUAGGAGUGUGAUGACGGUGACGGCAGAUGAUAAUCUUAAAGACUAUUUUGAAUGUAGCUUGAGUAAAUCCUACAGUUCUUCCAGUUACACCCUUGGAAUUGACCUUUGGAGAGGGAGAAGGUGCUGUUCAGGAAACUUACAGCUACCACCACUGUCCCAGAGACAGAGUGAAAGGGCAAGGACACCCGAGGGAGAUGGCAUUUCCAGGCCAACCACUCUACCUUUGACAACGCUUCCCAGCAUUGCUAUAACAACUGUGAGCCAGGAGUGGUUUCAACUAUCUCAGGCUUCAACUAUCUCGCAGAGAACCACUUUCUUCUGUUUCCUGGUGUGGAUAUUCAGUAUCAUCCAAUUUUGAGUAUUUAAAAAUUUUCUAUCA